AUUUUUGCUUAUUGCAAAAGCUCAAUUCACACCAUGAACAACAAAUUAUUCUCCCCAGCGAUGGUUCCCUUGAAUAACCUGGACGUGGAAAUUGCUGAAAAUUGGAGACAAUACAUGCGCAACAGCAAGGUGCUGUGGACCAGCACGUUCGUCACAAUCUUUGUAAUUGUGGUUCUGAUUGCUGGUCUUUACUUCUUGCAAUUCAAACAGGAAAAUGAAAUGGCGCAUUUCAUCGAGCUGCAGACAAAAACUAACGAAAUCAAUCAGAAAUUUGAUGACGUGGUGAAAAUUAUAAAUCGCAAUCGUGAAGCGAGGUGCAAUGUAGCGCGAUUCGCAGACUUAAAGAAGGCAGCCAAUGACAAAAAAUACUUCUUUGCAUAUCACCCCCUUCAGCAUGAGAGUAACUGGACGACAGCGCACAGUGUGUGUUCAAAAAUGAACUUGCAUCUGGCCCAAAUCAAGGAUAUCUUUGAACUCCUUGCUGUGUAUACUGAGGCGAGCAGAGUUGACGAUUCUGAACGCAAAGGUUGGUGGUUGUCAGCAAAAUAUGCCGAUAGUGAGGAAGGCCCAGGCAAUUUCUGGCAUGAUGGCACCAAGCUCGAAGAAAAUAGCCCAAUGUGGAGAGAAAAUGCAAACAAAACUUCUGGCUGCGUCUAUUUCUGGACUAACGAGACAUAAAAAACUGAACAGUAGGCCUUGCGACCGCAUAAUGGGUUUUUUUUGUGAGCUUCCUGUUGAGUGCUAUGACUGACCAUUACCAAAAAAAAAAAUUGAUGUAAAGAUGACAAUUUUUGUUAAUUUUUAAUAAUUAAAUCUUGUAUUCGCUUAAUUCAUAAAUUAUGAAAAACCAAACGAUGAAUCAUAAUUCUUUUUGUUAAAUUAUUAUGUCACAUUAAAUUUCAAAUGAAAGUUAAGAACUACAAAACAAGUUGAUGAUCACACAAAAUACAAAAUUUCAUAAUGAAAUAUU